AUGGAUAUGUUCGUCAAUAGACAAUCAAAUAAAGAAAACAAAAAUCCAGUCUUAGUUCCAACCUAGUACGAAAUUAUGUAAAAGGAAGGAAUAUUUGCCAAAACUAAUACUUCUCUUUAUACUCAUCAUCGGUUUUAUUAUAGAAAGCCGAGACAUUCAAUAAAUAUAUCCUCAUAGAAUCCUGCAAUUGUUCGUUCAAAUAGUUCAUAAUCAAUUCAUAAGGAUAUUUAGAAAAUAGUAUAACAAUUGCAAUCUCAACAAAUUUAUACCCAGACUCAAAUUAACAGUAGACAACCUUUUAAAGAGCGAUAUCCAACUUAAUUCUCUUAACCCUCGAACACACAAAUAACAGAAGUUGUUGAUUUGCUCGAAAAAGAGAACUUACUAAAAAUUCAUUAACUUAAACCAUGUACACCUAGAAGACCAUUAACUUCAUAAAUCAAUUAUAACUUGCCUCCUUCUAUAUAUGAGAAUAAAAGCAAUGAUUAAGAUAACAGUGAAAAGUACACCCCACUUUUAAAAAGUAAGUCAUUAUUUAGAAAAUCAUUAAAUACAUCCUUGGAUAAAGUUAAGAAGAUCAAUUCAGCUUAAGAAAAUAGAUAAAAAAGAACACAUUCAUAAACAAUUAAUAGUUGUUAGUAGAAACAAUAAUAAAAAUCAAUUAAAGACAGAAUAACAAAUGUGUUGUAAAAUCCAAUAAAGGUUUUGCAUUUAUGUCAAAAAGUAGAAGGAAUUUAGGAUUUAAUCAAUGAAGAAUAGUUAAUGGAAUUAAUUCAAUCGGAUCAAUUUAAAAUAGAUUUAUAACUUUUAAUCAAAAAUUCUAACGGAUCUAAUCCUUAGUUGAAAUUAAUUCUAUAAAACUUUAUGAUAGAAUAGAUCAAGAAAUAGAAAGAAUUGCAAGAAGUUGAAAAUCAUUUAUAAUGUAUAAAGUUGUUAAUUAUCAAAUAGAAAAAAAAUACCACUUUAGAGCUCCAAGAUAAAUUAUGA